UGUGGAUAAAGAAUCGCCGACAUAUUCCUGCAACCGGGGCAGCUAAACCACGCUUUUGGCGAUGUCUACAUAUAAAGAUAUCUCCGAAUUCGGUUCAAGUUGAGAUCUUUUGGUAGUCUUGGAGAAUGGUGAAAGAAGGGCCGAACUGGGAAGGAUUGCUCAAAUGGAGCCUCUCCCAUUCCGACGGCGCCACUUCUUCUCGCCAUUUGAGCGAGGAAGAUAGGAGAUGGUUCAUGGAGGCAAUGCAAUCUCAUACGAUAGAUGCGAUUUCACGGAUGAGAGAGAUAUCGCACAUCAUGAAGAUGCCUCACCAUAUUUUGGUCUCUCAAGGAGUCACCAUUGAUGACAUCGAAGGUUUGCUGGAUGAGCUGCAGGAACACGUCGAAUCUAUUGAUAUGGCCAACGAUCUUCAUUCAAUCGGCGGUCUGGUCCCUCUCUUAAGUUAUCUCACCAACUCCCACGCCAAGAUUCGGGCAAAGGCAGCCGAUGUCGUGACCACGAUUGUCCAGAACAAUCCGCGGAGUCAGCAGCUGGUUAUGGAAGCCAACGGAUUCGAGCCCUUACUGUCCAACUUCGUAUCUGAUCCCGACAUUACUGUUCGGACCAAGUCACUCGGUGCAAUAUCUUCUCUCAUCCGUCACAACCAACCCGGAAUCUCAGCUUUCCGUCUCGCAAAUGGCUACGCCGCCUUACGAGACGCCCUGGUCUCGGAUGUCCCGAGAUUCCAACGAAAAGCCCUGAACUUGAUUCACUAUCUUCUCCGGGAGAGCAACUCGGACUGCAAAAUCGUCAAAGAUCUCGGGUUUCCUCGUGUAAUGAUCCACCUUGCCUCUAAUGAUGACAUGGAAAUCCGGGAAUUUGCUCUCCGAGGCCUACUCGAGCUCGCCCGUGAGGAAUCUGACAGGAGAAGCAUCAGAAAUCUAGGCAGAGUAGACUCGAAAUUGAAACAGCUUCUCGAGGAGAGAAUCCAAGGGAUCAUCCACAUGUCACCUGAAGAUCAAUCUGCGGUUAGAGAAGAGAGACAGCUUUUGGAUACCCUCUGGAGCAUAUAUUACGAAGAACCGUCGGGUCUGAGGGAGAAAGGGCUUGUCUUCCUCCCUGGCGAUGAUGAACUGCCGCCCGAUGUGGUCAGCCACCGGUUUGAACCGCCUCUUCGAGCUUGGGCUGCAAAUCGUCACGAGAACUCGCCUCCCGGUACUUCCACGGAGGAAGAACCAUCAGCUCCCUUACUUCUAGGGCCUGCGCCAUGAUAUUCUUUUUAUGGUAUCCGAUCUGAUUCUCUGUAGGAAAAACCAAACUCAAGUUCAGGGGACCAUGAACCCUUUUAAUAUUUGUUGCAUUCA